CAGAUUUUAAAAUGGGUAUUCGGGUCAAAAUUCGCCCGUUAGAUGAUGAACCCUAAUUUCGUGUGUACAGGGAGCGGAGAGGGGAAACAAGAGAAUGCUCUUGUUGCGGCGACUCAAUCGAGUUCGGAUUGCUUCCCCUUACUCCGUUCGGCUUCUGUCAGUAAAACCUAUUUCAAAUGUCGAUGAUGCGAAGUUUCGAUCUCAGGAAGAAGAAGAUCAGUCCAGUUACGAUCAGAAAACAGUAUGCGAAGCUCUCACAUGUUACAGCAACGAUUGGCAAAAGGCGUUGGAGUUUUUCAACUGGGUCGAGAGAGAAUCCGGAUUCAGACAUACCACCGAGACAUUCAAUCGGGUGAUCGAUAUUCUGGGUAAGUAUUUCGAGUUUGAAAUUUCUUGGGCUUUGAUUAACCGCAUGAUCGGAAACACGGAAUCUGUGCCGAAUCACGUCACGUUUCGUAUAGUCUUUAAGCGUUAUGUGACGGCUCAUCUUGUUCAGGAGGCUAUUGAUGCGUAUGAUAAAUUGGAUGAUUUCAAUUUGAGAGAUGAAACAUCAUUUUAUAAUCUGGUCGAUGCGCUUUGCGAGCAUAAACAUGUGGUUGAAGCUGAAGAGCUUUGUUUUGGGAAGAAUGUCAUUGGUAAUGGUUUUAGUGUGAGUAAUACUAAGAUUCAUAAUCUGAUUCUUCGUGGGUGGUCGAAAUUGGGAUGGUGGGGUAAAUGCAAGGAGUAUUGGAAGAAGAUGGAUACUGAAGGUGUUACUAAGGAUCUUUUUUCGUAUUCCAUUUACAUGGAUAUCAUGUGCAAGAGCGGGAAACCGUGGAAAGCUGUGAAGUUGUAUAAGGAAAUGAAGAGUAGAAGGAUGAAACUCGAUGUGGUUGCUUAUAACACUGUGAUUCGAGCCAUUGGAGCGUCGCAAGGUGUUGAAUUCGGUAUCAGGGUAUUUCGGGAGAUGAGGGAAAGAGGUUGUGAACCUAAUGUUGCGACUCAUAACACAAUCAUUAAGCUUCUAUGUGAAGACGGGAGGAUGAGAGACGCGUAUCGGAUGCUUGAUGAGAUGCCUAAGAGAGGUUGUCAACCCGAUUCGAUUACUUACAUGUGUCUCUUUUCCCGUUUGGAGAAACCGAGUGAGAUCCUAAGUCUGUUUGGUAGGAUGAUAAGGAGUGGAGUGAGGCCAAAGAUGGAUACUUAUGUGAUGCUAAUGAGGAAGUUUGAGAGAUGGGGAUUUCUUCAGCCGGUAUUAUAUGUGUGGAAGACAAUGAAAGAGUCUGGGGAUACUCCUGAUUCAGCGGCGUAUAAUGCUGUGAUUGAUGCGUUGAUUCAGAAAGGAAUGUUGGAUAUGGCUAGGGAAUAUGAGGAGGAAAUGAUCGAAAGAGGGCUAUCUCCAAGGAGAAGGCCUGAGUUGGUAGAAAAGUCCUUGGACGAAACGCUUGUCUGUAGAGAAUAGAUAACUAGAUAUGAAGAAACUCUUUGGUUAUGUGUUCAAAACAGACAUGAAGCAAUAGAGAAGCGUCCUUUUGGAUGGAGAAAUCUCCCCAAGGUAUAUCAUCUUUGCCAUAAAGUGGCUUUGUUUCAACUCAAAACCGAGGAGAAAACACUGAGGUUCAUUGAGAAAUCUGGUUGAGUUGUGUGUCUUAAGCCAAAUUCCGAAGAUUUGGUUUUGAAAGAUGGUUUGUCGCCUCCUAUAUGUGUUCUACUACAUAUACGUACCAUUUGUAAUUCACUCUCUAACUUAAUUUUUUUUUGUUGUUGUUCCACUCUGUGACAACCACAGGCAUUUUGUGGCUAUUUUGUAAGAUCGUUAAGCUCAAUAAAACACCCUACAGAAACGAUGGAUGAUCCAUCAUGGAUCACAUUCUUAAAACCAUUGGAGAAUAUGGCGUUAUUAUUGUAAUUUGAAAAAAAUUCAACUAAA